GCAAACAUGGCGGAUGUAGAAGCAGCGAAAUCUCUGAGCAGUCUGCUGAACGGAAUAGCCCAGAUAGUUUAUUAUAACAACAGCGAAAUCACAGAGGAGCUGCUGAAAAAUGAACUUUAUUCCGACCUGUCGCAGGAGGAGUUCAAGGCUUUACACGAGAAAAUGAAAAGCCUCUUAAAGUCCAUUGCCACCGCAGACAUGGACCAUGCCCAGCUGGAGGCCUUCCUCACAGCUCAGACCAAGAAGCAGGGUGGCAGUGGGGUGAGUGCUGAGCAGACUGCCGCCCUCUCUCGUUUCUGGAAGAACCAGCGGGUUCGGGUUCGGGAGAGCCUGCUGGCUCAGAGCCGCUGGGAGCCCAGCCUGAAGGCCCUGUCCUGGAGGGUGGACCUCCAAGCAGCCAACAGUCGUGGGGAGACAACUGACAGUGGCCCCGUCGCCCUAGUAGAGCUGGAGCUUGGCAAAGCUGGACAGGACUCAGAGUUUCUGUGCCUGGAGUUCGAUGAAGCCAAAGUGAACCAGGUGCUGAAGAAGAUGGCAGACAUCCAGGAGAGCAUUGACAGAAUUGUUCACCGUACUUGAAAUGAGACUUUUUAAAAGACAGUGGACGGAGUCUUGCUGCAAACUAGUGUUUCCUUGAGUCUUCAUCAUCUUCCGGCCUGCAGACUGGAUCCAGUCACAGAUCACUCUGAAGGGACUUGUUAUUUAACCAACCGCAGUGAAAAAGCUCUGUCUGUGUGUAAACACACACCUGAACAAAUGAGUGACUAAUAG